ACUUGUGGGCAGACGCUCUUCUGAAGUUGUCUGGGGAUUCUUGCUGCAGUCCCUGUCAGGAGUGCUUGUGCGCAGGGAAAGAUGGAGAGCAACAUCCACCUGGCUGGACUGCUAAGUCGGCAUGAUGAUGAGGCCACAAGAACAUCCACCUCGGAAGGGCUGGAGGAAGGAGAGGUGGAGGGAGAGACUCUCCUGAUUGUCGAGUCAGAGGAUCAGGCAUCUGUGGACUUAUCUCACGACCAGAGCGGGGAUUCCCUCAACAGCGAUGAAGGAGAUGUGUCGUGGAUGGAGGAGCAGCUGUCUUACUUCUGUGACAAGUGCCAGAAAUGGAUCCCAGCCAGUCAGCUGAGGGAGCAGCUCAGUUACCUUAAGGGCGAUAACUUUUUCAGGUUUACCUGUUCUGAUUGCUCGGCAGAUGGCAAGGAGCAGUCUGAGCGGCUGAAGCUGACGUGGCAGCAAGUGGUCAUGUUGGCAAUGUACAAUUUGUCUCUGGAAGGAAGUGGACGUCAAGGUUAUUUUCGGUGGAAAGAAGAUAUCUGCGCUUUUAUUGAGAAACAUUGGACUUUUUUACUAGGAAACAGGAAGAAGACGUCAACGUGGUGGAGCACAGUAGCAGGUUGCCUCAGUGUGGGAAGUCCUGUGUAUUUCCGUUCAGGUGCUCAGGAGUUUGGGGAGCCUGGAUGGUGGAAACUUGUUCAUAAUAGGCCCCCAACAAUGAGACCCGAGGGAGAGAAGCUGUCUGCCUCCACUUUGAAAGUGAAAGCCUCAAAACCAGCGUUGGAUCCCAUCAUCACUGUUGAGGGACUCCGGAAACGGGCAAGCCGGAAUCCUGUGGAAUCUGCCAUGGAAUUGAAAGAGAAGCGGUCUCGAACACAGGAAGCAAAAGACAUCAGAAGAGCACAGAAGGAAGCAGCUGGCCUCCUUGACAGGAGCACCUCCUCUACCCCUGUCAAGUUCAUAAGCCGAGCCCGGAGGCCAGACAUGGUUCUGGAGAAAGGGGAAGUGAUUGACUUUUCAUCUCUGAGCUCCUCAGACCGCACCCCCCUCACAAGCCCAUCUCCUUCCCCCUCUCUGGAUUUCUCUGCCCCUGGGACACCUGCCUCGCAUUCAGCCACACCUAGCCUGCUUUCUGAAGCCGAUCUCAUCCCAGAUGUGAUGCCACCCCAGGCCUUGUUUCAUGAUGAUGAUGAGCUGGAAGGAGACGGAGUUAUAGACCCAGGGAUGGAGUACAUCCCACCCCCAGCUGGGUCAGCAGCUUCCGGGCUGGUUGGGAGCAGAAAGAAGGUCAGAGCUCCUGAACAGAUAAAACAGGAGGUGGACAGUGACGAGGAGAAGCCAGACAGGAUGGAUGGAGAUAGUGAAGACACAGAUUCAAACGCUUCUUUGCACACUAGGGCUCGAGAAAAGAGGAAGCCACCCCUGGAGAAGGACGUGAAGCCCAAGGGGCCCAGGUAUACACCUGUGAGCAUCUAUGAGGAGAAGCUGCUGCUUAAGAGGCUGGAGGCAUGCCCCAGUGCUGUGGCUAUGACCCCAGAAGCCCGGAGGCUGAAGCGGAAACUGAUCAUCAGGCAGGCAAAGAGGGAUCGGGGUUUACCACUGUUUGACUUGGACGAGGUUGUGAAUGCUGCGCUUCUGUUAGUCGAUGGGAUUUAUGGAACCAAAGACGGAGGAGCAUCCCGGCUUCCAGCUGGACAAGCUACAUACCGUACCACCUGCCAGGACUUCAGAAUCCUUGACCGAUACCAGACUGCCUUACCAACCAGGAAAGGAUUCCGGCACCAGACCACCAGAUUUUUAUAUCGUUUGGUGGGAUCAGAAGAUAUGGCUGUGGACCAAAGUAUUGUCAGCCCGUAUACUUCUCGGAUCCUGAAGCCUUAUAUCAGACGUGAUUAUGAGACAAAGCCACCCAAACUCCAGCUCCUGUCCCAGAUUCGUUCCCACCUGCACAGGAGUGACCCUCACUGGACACCUGAGCCUGACGCACCUCUCGAUUACUGCUACGUCCGACCAAAUCACAUCCCAACCAUCAACUCCAUGUGUCAGGAGUUUUUCUGGCCUGGCAUUGACCUGUCGGAGUGUCUGCAGUAUCCAGACUUCAGUGUUGUAGUCCUUUAUAAAAAAGUCAUUGUUGCCUUUGGCUUCAUGGUUCCAGACGUGAAGUACAAUGAAGCUUACAUUUCAUUUCUGCUUGUCCAUCCUGAAUGGAGAAGAGCCGGGAUUGCCACGUUCAUGAUCUAUCAUCUGAUUCAGACAUGCAUGGGCAAGGAUGUGACUCUGCACGUCUCAGCAAGCAACCCUGCCAUGCUGCUGUAUCAGAAAUUUGGCUUCAAGACGGAGGAGUAUGUUCUGGACUUUUAUGAUAAGUAUUACCCACUGGAGAGUACAGAGUGUAAACAUGCGUUCUUCCUGAGGCUCCGCCGCUGAGGUGAACCUAGUUCUUCCCAGAGGACAGUGGAUGCUGUCAGAGAAUGGGCCUUCAGGAGUGUGCAGGCAGUGGUCCUCACAGUGGGCCUGGUCGCCAGCUGGGCCAGUGAAGCCGUGUUCAGUGGUACAGGUAGGAAGCUUCCAUCCAGAAACCCUCCAGCAGCAUCCUGGACUCCUCUUUCCACACAGUAGUGCAUGAGCACAUGAGGGCUGCUGAAACAAAGCCUUUGAGAAAGGGCCUGCUCGUCCUGGGUUAGAGCUCAAGAAACCUGAAAGGCGCUGAGGGCUCGCAGUGCCCACGUGGCCUUCUACUGUCCUGGGAUGAGAGAUUAUAAGGAAUGGUUCCUGCCCUGCUCCAGCCUGCGGUGUGCUGUCAUGCAAUCCCAGGAACUAUGGGGCAUGGAGUCCUUCUACCUCUUGCUGACUUUGGUCCCAGUCAGGAGGAAGAAAUUCAAUGUUUAUCUCCAUGCUUCUUGACAUGGGCUACCUGUUAGCAUCUCCUUGCAGGAACAGUGGCCUGGUAUAAUUUUCCUUGGCAUGGCCCGGGAACAUAGCUAGAGAGGAACGGUUAAGCUCGACACAGUAGAUGCCUGGCCUGGCCCUUGCCCUGCCCAGAACAGUUGCCUCAUAGCAGUGGAGGUGUGGAGUGGUGCAGGCAGUACUGGAGGCCCCAUCAACAGGAUGAAGCUGCUUCCUAUGCUGCAGGUGUCUCUGGACCCUGGAAGUGCAUUUCCAAAAGCAUCAGAUAUUCUCAAAUAAAACCUUACCGAGUAUCAGCUCACAGCCGGGCUUCAGCUCAGUCAUUGGCGCUCAUCUUGUCUUUAAUUAGGAGCAGCGGCUGCUUUCUUUCCCUGUGGACUUGGGUUGGGUUGAGAAUCCCGAGAGAGCCGGAUGCUCCUAGGAUGCUGCCAUGCCGUUUAAAACUUCACCACAUGGAACAUUAUUUGGAUCUUCUGCCCGUGGACUCUGCCUGCAGCUCGAACCCCUGUGUUGAGGGCAGCGUUUUUCUGUCACCUGGAACAACAGUUGAGGCUCUGUUUCUUUGAGAAUUUAGAGCAGCACCGUCUAGCGUUUUCCUAUUUUCUUCUUCCUUCUUCCCAAGCACAUUCUACCUUUUAAAGGUUUUUGUCGAUAAUGGGUCAUAAGCCCUGUUUUAGUUCCUUUUCUAUUGCUCCAAUAAGACACCAUGACCAAAGCAACUUAUCAGAGAGUUUAGUGGAGGCUUGCAGUUCCAGAGGUUUAGAGUCCAUGACCACCAUGGUAACGGAGCUUGGCAGCAGGCAUGCAGACAGACAUGGCGCUGGAACAGUGGCUGAGAGCAGACAUCUUGAGACAAGCAUGAAGCAGAGAGAAAGCUAACUGAUGGUGUGGGCUUUGGACAUGAAAAAGCCCACUCGAAGUAGCACGCCUCCAGCUACAAGCCCACACCUACUUCUUCCCCGACAGCUCCACCAGCUGGGGACCAAGCACUCAAACAUACCGAUGGGGCUGCUCAUUCAAACAACCAUAAGCCCCGUGAAGUAAAAUUGAGGAAGUCACAUUUCCCGAACCUGGGAUCCAGCUUUCAGCUGUCUCGGGUGAAUCAAACACCAGUGUGGUAGAGUGGCUUGGGGAUAUCUCCAGCUUCUGGUGCCGAGGAAGGCCAUGAUUAUGGUUGCUUUAAUUCUACUUUACACCCAUUUUUAAGGGCUUCGCCUUUCCCCUUCAUACAGUGCAGCUUUAUCUCCUCCUAUUUUACAUAUUUUUAAACAUUAUUUUUUUAUUUUAUAUAUAUGAGUGUUAAGAGUAAUUCCCAGGUCUUGUAUGGUACACCACCACUUAUUUAGUUAGGUAUUUCUGAAAAUUACACGUUUUCUUAUUAUCUCACGCUGCUGCUUACUGUCAGUCUGUAUUAGUCAGGGUUCUCAAAAGGGACAGAACUGCUAGGAUGAGUGUGUGUGUGUGUGAUGUAUGUGUAUAUAUAGAACAAAAUACAAACAUUUGUCAGUUAUGAUAUAUACAUAUAUGCAUAUAUAUAUAUUUAAGGAGGAUGUAUUAGACUGGCUUAUGGGAUGGCAUCUGCGUAGUCUUAGGACGGAAGGGCUGAAAGUCUGGUAGUUGUCUAGUUCAGAAGGCUGAAUGACUUUGCAGUCCCCAUCUGGGGCUGGAGACCGAGAGGAUUCCUGGAGGGCUACCAGUCUCUAUCGGAGUCCUGAAAGAGUUGAACUUAAUACCGGCCACAGCAACAGGGUAGGCGAACUUGCCAGCAAGGGUGAGGGCAAGCAGGCAAAAAGCAAAGCUUCCUUUUCCCAUGUCCUUGAUGAGGGCUGAUACCAUAAGUGUGCUCCAGAUCUAGGAUGGGUUUGCCUUCUUCAGAUAAUAAGAAAAUCCCUCACAGGUGUAGUCAGCUUUACAAGAUUAACCAUUACUGGCCCAUUCUUUGUUCUGCAACCUUGACCCAUUCAUAUCUCAUGCUUAAUUUCCAAAUGAAAACAACCAGGUCAUAACUCUGCUUAAUAUUAUACAACUGUCCCAUGUACAACUGCAAGUAUAUCAUAUAUUUUAGAAUAGGUGGCAAAGUCCUUUGAGGAAUGUUUAGUCUUUUAAUUAUAAUAUAGAUUUACAGCACUUAGCCACUAAUGUUAUCUCAGUGUCACGUGAAAUGAUAAUAAAGGAAAGGAUAUAAAUAUUU